AUGAACAAAGUCCACCUCAGCAAAUUUGAGCCUCAGUUCGACGAAGCGCGGAGUAUUGUCGUAAUUCUGCUGGGAUUAUUCUUGUUGUAUUGGAUCAUCAAAUUCAUCUACCGCCUCUACUUCCACCCUCUGGCGAAAUUCCCAGGCCCCAAACUUGCAGGAGCGACAUAUCUGUACGAAUUCUACUACGAUCUAUACCCUCACAAACUUCGCUAUCUUUGGCAAAUCGAAAAACUGCACCAACAAUAUGGGCCUAUCGUGCGCAUCAAUCCAGCCCACCUGCACAUCAACGACCCGGACUUCCUGGACGAUAUUUACGCCAGUGGCAAACACAAACGCAAUAGGGAUGCCUGGUUCUACCGCUCAGAGCGCAACGGGCCGCUCGGGUGGUCCUUAUUCCAAACAGUCGAGCAUGAUGUCCAUCGUAUGCGAAGGGCGGCGCUGAGUCCCUUCUUUAGUAAGCGCAACAUUCAGGCCCUGGAGGGUCUAAUCAUCAGCAAGGUCGACGAGCUCGCUGAGCGCUUCGCCAUGACCCACCGAGAUGGGGAGAUUAUACCACUGCUUCACGCAACUGGAGCUUUGACUAUGGACAUCAUUUCCGUGUAUGCGUAUGGAAAGGAUGUCCGGAAGCUGCAGCGGGCAGACUGGGCCGGCGAGGAGCUCGAAGCGUACAGCAAGUUGAGCCAAUUAGGCCCUUUUGGUCGGCACUUCGCAUGGAUAUCCAAGAUGGUUCUGCUGAUGCUGCCAAUGCACAUUGUGGAGAGAAUCAGCCCGGCUGCUGCACUGAUCCCCAAAAAUCGGGAGUUCUUUCGAGAGAUGAUUCAGGACGCACUUUUGCCCAGAGGGGAAGGCUCGUCAGAGAAAGCUUCGCAGCGGACAAUCUUUCAAGAUAUUGUCCAGAGCAAUCUUCCUCCGAUUGAGAAGGCUCCCGCUCGUCUCUCCGCGGAGGCGAAUUUGCUUCAGAUCGCGGGUACCGAAACGACUGCCAGGACGCUGGCAGUGCUCAUGUUCCAUCUGAUUGAUAGCCCAGCGGUCUUGGAUCGCCUGCGCGUGGAAUUGAAACCACAUAUGCCUGAACCGGGCUCGACCAUGCGUCUGGCUAAGCUCGAAGCCAUACCGUAUUUCUCGGCGGUUAUAACUGAGGGCAUCCGCCUAUCUCACGUCGUGUCGAGCCGUAUGCCUAGAUAUGCUCCUAAUGAGCAAAUCAGGUAUGGUGAAUGGGUGAUCCCCGCAGGCACACCAGUUAUGCAAUCGCACUAUUUGCACCAUACGAACCCUAAAAUCUUCCCAGAUCCCUAUAAAUUUAACCCGCAACGCUGGCUCGACGAUCUCGAACUAAAGCCCAGAUAUUUCAUGGGCUUCGGUCGAGGCUCUAGGAUCUGCCUGGGGAUAAAUCUAGUGUAUGCAGAGCUGUUUCUCGCAGUGGCUCGCAUCAUGACCCGUUUCGAUAUGGUGUUGUUUGAGACUGACAGGUCAAGGGAUGUGGAUGUGGUACGGGACUGCAUAAUCGGACUUCCAAGUCCUGAAAGUAAGGGUAUUCGCGUGAAAAUAACAAAGGACAGACUGGCUCCAGGCCAGAAGUGUGAUGAAUUUUGUCGGCUAAAGCAACCCCAAUUUUCGCCGUCUUCUACUUAG